AUGUCGGCCGGCAAUGGAACUCAAGCACAGGAUCUAAAUCGCAUUGUGUUGGACUAUUUGGCCAAAAAAGGCUAUGCCAGAACGGAAGCCAUGCUUCGUUUAGAGGCUUCUGAUUCUGGUAUAUCUGUAGAGGAAAAACUGAAAAAUAUAAGGGAGACUCCAGACGCGUAUGCUCAUACGUACACACUUUUACGGGAUUGGGUGGAUAGUUCUCUGGAAUUGUAUAAGUCAGAGUUAAGAAGGAUUUUGUUUCCUAUUUUUGUUCACUCCUUUUUGGAUUUAUUGUCCUUAGAUCGUUAUGAUACAGCCAAACAAUUUUAUGAUAUGUUUAUGAAAGAUCAUGAAGAUUUGCAUAGUUGGGAUGUAAAGUGUUUAAAAUCACUGAGUCUUCCUAGCCAUGUGAACGAAGACCCUGUUGCCCAGCAAUACCGAAAAAACAAAUAUCAACUCAAUUUUUCUCGAAUUACUUUUGACUUGCUACUUCACUUUCUUUUCGAAAACAUCUCUAAUGGAGGCACGGUUAUUAUCCAACUAAUUAAUAGACAUGUUGACAUUCAUAUUGUUCCAGGAAGGCCUACUUUGUCUACAAGUCAUGGUAUCCUCAAUGAACAAGAGGGGAUCACCGGCCAGCUUUUGGAUCGCGGAGAAGGGCAGUUGCAGCCGGUUCGCUUGAGUCAUAUGCCCAUGGAUAAGGAAAUGGAAAAAAUUGUGGAGAUGGAUUUGGAAGAAGAAGAUUUGAUGCAUAUGGACCCUGUCACCAAGCAAAGUCCGUCUAAUCUGCUAGGCGAGUUUCGAAAAGCUCACCCUGCAAAUGCAGAAGAUGCUCCUUCUCGUGAUUACAUACCUUUGCCACCUCACAAAGGUGCCGAUAUUACGGCAGAAGUUGAAGCAGUGAAGGAUUGGAGUAAAAGAUUGCACUUGGGGACCCGUGCAUCGCUUCCCAGCGUAUGUAUGUACACCUUCCAUGAUACCAAUAGUGCUAUGAAUUGUGCAGAAUUCUCCCCAGAUACAACCAUGAUUGCUUCCGGCUUUCAAGAAAGUUAUAUCCGCCUCUGGUCUCUUAAACCCGAUAAAAAAUCGUCUUCUCGAACAGCAAAUGAACCAGCAAGUAAUUCUACUCGACUUCUAAGUCAUUCAGGACCUGUUUAUGGUACAAAAUUCUCUCCCGAUAACAAAUACCUUUUAUCUUGCUCAGAAGAUCGAAGUGCUCGUCUUUGGUCUGUGGACACCAAAACCGCGCUAGUAGCUUACAAAGGACACAGCGGUCCUGUGUGGGAUGUAGCCUUCGGUCCAUUUGGACAUUAUUUUGCAACCGCUUCUCACGAUCAAACUGCUUUAUUGUGGAGCUGUGAUCAUAUUUAUCCUUUGCGGGUUUUUGCUGGGCACUUGAGCGAUGUUGAUUGUGUCACUUUUCAUCCAAACUCGGCUUAUGUUUUAACUGGCUCUAAUGACAAAACUUGCAGAUUGUGGGAUGUUCACAGAGGACAUUCGGUUCGUGUAUUUAAUGGCCAUACGAAGCCGGUAACUGCUGUAGCCAUUGCUCCAGAUGGUCAUACGGUAGCUAGUGCUGAUUAUGACGGACUUAUACACCUUUGGGAUAUUGGAUCUGGUCGAAGAAUAAAGACAAUGAAGGGCCAUCAAGGUGGCAUUUAUUCACUUUCUUUUUCUCAAGAGUCGUCAGUACUUGUGAGUGGCGGUGCCGAUUAUACUGUGCGAGCCUGGGAUGUUUUAAAAACCAACUAUUCCGACUCGGUAUCUGGUUCGCUGGCGGGGAGUGUGGUGACACCUUAUAGCAACACCGAUGCUGAUGCUUUCGAGUCGACUGCCGCUUGGGCAACAAGUCCUGAUCAAAUGGUCCGCUUGAACACAAAACAAACUCCUAUUUACCAAGUUUCUUUUACUAGAAGAAAUUUAUGCAUGUCAAUUAGCGCCAGUUAA